AUGAACCUCAAGGUCAGUCUCCUGUUACUCGCCGGAUUGGCGCCCAUUCCGAUGUCGGGCGCCGUCCCGCUGGUUCAAGAAGGAGCCUUGCCCUUGUUUGCCAACAGAUCACCUUAUCCUAACGACCUGGCUUCGUACGUCUCCCGUCUAAUCAGACACUCAGCAACCGGCGUGGCGUCUUUUGUCACGGCAGCGGUCAGCACGGCAGACAACUCGCCGCCCACGUUUGUCUCCCAGGCCGUUGUUUCCAAAGAGGCCGCCCCAGCAGACGACUUUGAGUCCUGGCUAAUAUCGCAAAAGGACUUUGCUUUUAAGGGAAUUCUUUCCAACAUCGGCGGAUACCAUAACUCGACCGAUCUCGCGGGCGUUGCCAAGGGAGCCAUAAUAGCGUCUCCGUCCAGAUCAAAACCAGAUUACUUCUACCAAUGGACCAGAGACUCAGCAGUCACGAUCGGCACCCUAAUCGAUUAUCUGGACGACACUGGGUUUGAGGACGCAGAGUAUAAUAUUCCGGAGAUUAUUGAGGCGUACAUUGUGAACUCUAAGAAACUGCAGCGGCUGUCUAACCCAUCAGGCACCUUUGAAACCCUGGAGGGACUGGGAGAGCCCAAAUUCGAGGUCAACUCCACAGAAUUUACUGGCCCCUGGGGCAGACCCCAGAGAGACGGGCCCGCGCUGAGAGCAAGCACGGUGAUCAGCUACCUGAAUAUUCUGCGGAAGUACAACAAGGAGCUUGUUCUCAAAGACGAGCUCAUAGACGAGGAGACAAUCUACCACGAGGUGGUCAAGCCAGACCUUUCGUACGUGACCCGCAGCUGGUACAAAAAAGGAUUUGAUCUUUGGGAAGAGGUUAAUUCUGUGCAUCUGUUCACCAGUCUCACGCAGCUGAAGGCGCUGAAAAUGGGUUUCCAGGAGGCUCUGCGUUUUGAAGAUAAAACCUUCUACGGGAACCUGACGUCCUCGUACGCUGCGCUGAGAUACUUCAUUUUAAUAGAUUCAGGCUUCAGACUCAACUCGAUCCCGUACCUGAUCGAAACCCCCGAGCUGCUGGCUACCGGCGAGAGAACCGGUAUUGACGCCGGCACUAUAAUUGGGAUCAUCAGGACACACACAUUCAACGUCGACACCCAAGAUGACGUGGAAAUUCCAUUCAACGUGGACGAUCCAGCCUCGCUCAACACCCUUGUUGCUCUGGCCAAUGACAUGAAGUAUCGCUACCCAAUCAACCACAACAGACUGAAUUUGAGCGCUGCUUUCGCGCUGGGCAGAUACCCCGAGGACAUCUACAACGGAGUCGACACCAGUGAAGGAAAUCCGUGGUUCAUUGCGACCGCUUCUGCCGCCGAACUGAUAUACAAAUACAUCUACAGCCACUACAGAUACGAGAAAGACCUGGUUAUUCCUGUUGAGCUGAGACAGCUGUUUGAGAGCAUUACAGACCUCAAGAUACACAACCAGACAGUCCUGCCGUUUGGCUCGCAAGCGUUUGCCGACACCGUGGGAGCGCUGAAAAGGUACGCGGACGCGUACCUGGCAAUUAUCAAGGAGCACGCGGCCAGAGACGGACACAUGAGCGAGCAGUUCAACAGAUACACCGGGUUCAUGGUGGGGGCCAGGGACCUGACCUGGAGCUAUAGCUCUUUCUGGAGUGCAUGCAGAUGGCGCGCAAAGGUGGCCAGCAUAAUACACACACAGCGGUGA